UCGUCACAACAACUCGAAACUCCUGGCGAACUCCCAAAGAAAAAAAAAACUCAUAAAUUUUCCUCGAUUCCCUUAAAAUUAUUCCCCUACUUUUCGAAUAAAUGAUCUGCAUAAAAAGUGAGAUAACACGGAUAUUUUAAUGAACCCAGUGUUGUGCGUGACUCAAAAUUUACUUUCCUAUUUUUCCAUUUCCAUAUUUUAUAUCGAUUUACGUCCAUAGUUGUAUUAAAAAAAAAAACCUGUGAGCCUAGAAUGUGCGAAGUUUUGUGUCCAAUUUCUGGAUACGAGUUGUGCCCAAUUUCUGGAUACGAGUUGUGCCUCGAUUGAUUGAUUGAUUUUUAACAAUGGUGCUCAAAAGAAAGAUUCUCUCCUUCGGAGGAUUACUCAAUCAACUCGAACCGAAUGUUCGAUGGAGUUCUUCACUAAAAAUCAGAGACAAGGAGGCGAUUCAGCCAGAUCGAUCAUUUAAGUAUUCAGAUAUUGCAGUUCGUCUUGCGGCUCCUGAUCAACUCCAACCAAAACCAAAUGUCAGUGAACUUUCCUUUGGAAAGUUUUUCACUGACCAUAUGCUCAAAAUUUUUUAUUAUGAGGCCUUAGGUGGUUGGCAAAUGCCGGAAAUCACGCCCCUGGAGAAUUUGGUCCUCCAUCCGGCGGCCAAAGUUUUACAUUAUGCUGUCGAGCUAUUCGAGGGAAUGAAAGCCUAUCGAGGAGUGGAUGGAAAAAUUAGAAUUUUCAGGCCCGAAAUGAAUAUGGACAGGAUGAAUACUUCAGCGAUGAGGUCGGGUCUUCCAACUUUUAAUGGCAUUGAAUUAAUCAAAUGUAUUAACAGAUUGAUUGGCAUAGAUCAGGAAUGGGUCCCUCACUCAGAAGCUUCUAGUCUCUACAUAAGACCAACUUUAAUAGGCAUCGAUCCAACUUUGGGAGUUGCUGCCUCGGAUUCAGCCCUUCUUUAUGUCAUUCUCUGCCCAGUGGGAUCUUAUUUUAACAAUAAAGAAGCAGCACGAGGGGUGUCUUUAUUGGCAGAUCCUAGGUACACGAGAGCAUGGCCAGGAGGCUGUGGAGAUAGAAAAAUGGGUAGUAAUUAUGCCCCGACAAUUCACGUUCAGCGAGAAGCGACAGAAAAAGGAUUACAACAAGUUUUGUGGCUUUAUGGUGACGACAAUCAAGUUACGGAGGCUGGGACCAUGAAUGUUUUUAUGUUCUUUAUCAACGAGGAUGGAGAAAAAGAGUUAGUGACACCGCCACUGAACGGGUUAAUUUUACCCGGCAUCACCAGAAACUCGAUUCUGGCACUUGCCAGAGAAUGGAAUGAUUUCAAAGUUACUGAAAGGAAAAUAACAAUGGCAGAAGUCUGUCGAUUGCUCUCUGAAAAAAGGUUGCUGGAACUCUUCGGGGCCGGAACAGCAUGUAUAGUUAGUCCAAUUUCGCGAAUAAAUUUCGUGAACCAGGAUCUUUUUAUUCCAACCACAGAACAACCUUCUCCCAUUUAUAAAAUGUUUUUACAACAUUUAACAAAAAUCCAGUACGGUUACGUUCAAAAUCACCCCUGGGCUUAUCCGAUCGACUAAAGUUUUCUCUCGAGAAAAUUAAACAAGUGGAAUGUUUAAAAGUGAAAAAAAAAGACAGACUGGAAAUCUAGUUUUGGAAGGUAAACCUGAAAAAAAAGACUUUAAAAUAGAACUGCCUUAAAUUCGCAGUCCACUUUUGGACAGAACUGACCAAUCUAAAUUCUUUUUUUAAACAUUUUUUUUUUUGUCUAUUUAGAUUUUUAAGCAUCGAGGCUAAUAAAAUGUAAGAGAAGAGCGGAAUUUUGUUUAGAUGAGAGCCUAUUUCUUAUUUAUUUGCAAGGAACGGACAAAUUAAAGUAUUAAUUAUUGCGGCGCGCUUUAAUUAAUACGAAUAUUUUCCUGAGGUGUCAGUCAUUUAUUUACUGUGGUGUAGACGAGCUUUGGCGAACUUUUUUUCAUAAAAAUUUAUUACAUUUUUAACUAAAUUGAUAAAUUUUUAACAACAAAAAAAAAGAUUUUCUACUCAAAGAGAU